AUGAGAAUUAUAUAUAAAUAUAAAAAUGAGUAUUAUGAAUUACUAAUGAGCGAGGAAAAUGCUGAUGAUAAAGUAAUUGAGGUUUUCAAAAAAAAUACAAAUAAAUUCGAUUAUAAUAAAAUAAAAUAUUAUGAAGAAAUAAAUUCAGAUUUGUUAAAUUUUGAACAGUUUAGUUGCUCCAAUAUAAAGGAUAAUAAAAAAAAAAAAGGAAAAAUAGUGAAGCUAAAUUAUAAAUUAGAUAAUGCAUUGAAUGAUAAAAAUAAGAUGAAACUUUAUUUGAAAUAUAAAAGAUAUUUUGAAAACAAAAAUUAUAUUGUUAAAAGCGGACAUAUAUACGGAGCUGAUUUAUUAUUAUAUUUAAGUGAUGAAAAAUAUACACAUUCAAUUUAUGUUGUUUAUUUUAUAAAUGAACAAAAAUCUUUAAGAGAUUUAAUUCAAAUAUUAAGAUUAUCUUGUACCAUAAAAAAAAAAGUUAUUUUAGUCAUUGUAAAUGAAAUUAACAAUUUUGACAUAUACAAUUCCAUUGUUUAUAUAAAAGUUUACUUAUAUAAAUAA